AUGAUCAAGAAGAAGAAAUCAUAUGAAGAAACAUUUCGCACAAUUAUUAAUAAUAAUUUUGUUUCGUUUCCAUCAUGUAUUAAUCAUUUGGAUGAAGAUACUGAUUGGGCCAGUGAAGAUGAAUACGAACAAGAUAAACGUUCACUUUACUCUGGCUUUCCUCUCAGUGUUACUAAAGCAGUUCAUCUUAUUACGAACUUUUAUUUAGAUAUUAAUUGGGAUAAGCAGAAGGUUAAUGGCUUACUUCGUUUAAUCAAACGCUUACUGCCAAAGCCAAAUUUACUACCUUCAACAUUAAAACGUGUGAAUAAACUCUUGCAUCUUGCUCCGUUAACGACCACUACCUUACUUUGUAGCGACUGUUAUCAAUCAUGUAAAAGAGCUGGAUUUCGUUCCAAAACUUGUGCCAAUCCAAGUUGUUCAACAUCUUUUAGACAACGUCGAAGUACAGAAAUAAUCGAAAUUGUUCGCUUUGAUGUUAGAUCGCAAAUACAGUGGAUUAUGAACAGAAAUGUUGCUUUUAUAAAUAAAUCACACUUCUUUCCAUCGAACGAUAUUUGUUUUGGUGAACAGUAUCAAAAUAUGUCAGAUCGUAGCAACAAUACAAUCACAUUAAUUGUUCAUUCAGAUGGUGCACCUAUCGUUCGUUCAUCAAAACAAUCAAUAUGGCCUUGUUUUGCUUCAAUCACAGAGAUUUCUCCACCUCUAAGAGAAUUUCAAUCCAAUAUAAUUAUUUUGGCACUCUGGUUAUCCAAGAAGAAACCAGAUGUUAAUAUUUUUCUGACAGAAACUGUUAAUGAUCUUUCUUUACUGAUUCAUGAUGAAACAUCGCUAUUUAUUGGAGCUAAAGAAUACAAAAUUCAACUUCGUACACAAUUCUUUAUUUCUGACUUGCCGACCAAAACCUUAUUUUGUUGUACAACUUACUUUAAUGGAUACUCGGCUUGCACCUUUUGCUGCAGUAGGGGUAUAUGGAGUCCGGAUUAUAAAAAAGUCCUUUAUCCAUAUGAAAACAAUGAUCUUACAGCACGUACACAUGAUAGUUAUCUUAAAGCAGCAAGAGAAGCUAUACGAAAAUCAAAUGGUGGUAAAGAAGUAGCAGUGGAAGGAAUUAAAGGGCAUAUUCCAUAUUUGAUUAAUCGAUGGUGUUCAUUAAUUGACAAAAAGACGAUAUUGGCAAUUGAUAAGAAACUUCAACAAUUACGUAUUCCUCACAAUAUGAAAGUUGUUUUUCUUGAAUCGAUUACUAUGGCAUCUCAAUGGAAGGCAAAAAAUUCUCGACUAUUUGUAUUACAUGUUGGCGUGCCCAUAAUGCUCAAUCAUUUACCCAAUAUAUUAUUUUCUCACUUCGUUAUUUAUUCAUUAGCAAUAAAGCUCUUAUAUUCGCCUGAAACGAAACAAGAAGUAUUAUUCGCCGAGCGUCUGAUCGAAUAUUAUUGUCAAACGGCACCUCUAGUUCAUGAUCCUUCAAUAGAAAUUUUUUCUUUACAUGCACAUCUUCAUCUGUCGUAUCAAGUUCGUCUGCAUGGUGGCUUAGCUCACAUGUCAGCAUUUGCAUUUGAAUCAUUAAUUCGAUAUAUUAAAAAUAAGGCUCAUGGUAGCUGCAAUCUCGCUUCUCGAAUAGCGUAUUGGGUCAGCAUGCAGCAUGCAGUGAAAUCGAACAAAGUCAAUUUACGAGAAGAUUGCCUCAUGAAUAAAUUCAACUCGUCCGAUCUUAUAUUCGUUCAAUACCUUCCAACAUUUCGUGAUUCAUUACGUCGUACAAAUAUUGAUUAUACUAAAAUAUCGACUUUAUACAAACGUUACCAAUACUCAUUCGUUAUUUUUCAUUCUUUGAUAUACGAUGAUGCAUUUAAUUGUAACAGUCAUAUUAUUUCUUUCAUUAAUAAUGUUAAUAAUAAUAUGAUAUGUUAUGGUAGUAUAAUAGUAUUUUUCUCAAGUAAUGAUAUAAUGUAUGCUUUUAUACAACGAUAUGUUGAUUGUAACAAACAAACGUCACAUUACGUAGAUCUACCAAAACAAUUACAUGAUCGAAUAAACAUUUUUUAUCGUAUUGUUUCACUUUCUAACAACUUUAUCAUCAUUCCAGUUGGUUUUAUUCGUCAUAAAUGCAUUAUAGUUCCAAUAUCCGAUGCAUUUUGUAUAUCAGAAAUAAAGAUUGAUUAUGAACAUGAUUGA